GGUUGGUGCGGGGCCGAUGGCGGCGGGGGCUGCUGGUGUGAAAGAUGAGGCUGCACGAGAGCCGGACAAGGCCCUUCCAGGCUCCUGCCACUGUCCACACCUUCCCGGGCAGGCAGGUGUUCGUGUUCCCCAACGGCCGCUCCGACUCGGAGGAGUCCUCGGAGGAGGAGCUCAACGUGAUGGAAUUGCGGCCCCGGGGCAAGGAGCAGCAGCGGGGCAGCGCCCGGGGCAGGCUGGGGGACGUGGUGCUCCUGGAGAGGGAGAUCACCGAGGAGGACAGCCUCAACAAGCUGGCCCUGCAGUACGGCUGUAAGGUUGCAGAUAUCAAACGCGUCAACAACUUCAUCCGGGAGCAGGACCUGUACGCGCUGAAGUCCAUCAAGAUCCCGGUGCGGCCGCACGGGCUGCUCACGGAGAGCGCCGGGGCCCUGCGGCCGCCCCCGGCGGGGCCCGCCCAGCCCGGCCUGACGCGCGUGGAGCCGCCGGAGCCCGACCCCGGCGAGGGCGGCUCCGCUGGCGGCCGGCGGCUCAGUGAGUACUUCAGGGGCAUCGACCAGAGCAUCCAGGACGCCGUGCAGGUGGAGGUGCAGCUGAACGCGGAGUACGGCGGGGAGGGUUUGGAGAGGCCCCUGCCCGAGGCAGGGAAGCGGGACGCUGGGAACGGCGCGGACUGCGGAAUCCAGUGGUGGAACGCCGUGUUCAUUAUGCUCCUGAUAGGAAUCGUCCUGCCAGUGUUUUAUAUCAUCUAUUUUAAAACACAGGGCCUGGUGGCCCACACCUCUAACAUGACAAAUUCAAACGUUUCAACAGCUGGAUAGGAAGGGAAAUUAUCACAAGGCUUGGUCGCAGGAAAAGAAAUCCUAAGGUGAAGGGGCAGCCCGCUUCAGCCUCUCCAGCAGUGAUGCCCGUAUGCUCGUGACUGACUCGAGUGCACCCAAGGGGAUACGACAAUACUGAUUAUUUUUAUUUUUAUAAGUAGCUGAUGAUGUAAUCCUGAAUUUGACUGAAAAUGAGGUGAUAUGAUUUUGAUAGAAAAUCAAGGAUGCUUUAUUGCUCACCAAGGUGGCUUCAGAGUUGGGAACUCUGUUGAGGGAAAGUAUUUUAUAGCUAUUUACUCAUUAUGGUUGCUUCGGGUAUUUCUUAAUGCCGUGUCCAGAAGCAAGUUGUUUGCUGCUGAGCUAGAGAGUGCAGUAUUAAUGUGGUUGGAAAGCUGGGGGUUAUUUGCAUUUUAAGGAAACACUUUUUGCUAGAAUGGAAGUGGGGGACACUAUUUCUCAGAAGUGUCAUUUUUGUCUCUUGCAGACCAUGGUGGUUUUGGCCUGCUUGACCCUAAUGAUGCCUUCUGGGGCUCUAAGCUGGGUGUGCCAGGGCAUGGUGACACUGCCAGCACCCCACCUUGUCACCCCCGUGAGCAAAUCUUUGAGCUGUGUUCGGUUGGGAUGCAUCAGGCCCACCCCUGGGAAAGGUGAGCCCAGGCCUCUUCCCCUCAGUGAAAUCCUUGAGAGAUGGCUCCUGAGAUCAGAGUGCUGAGUGUCCCAGGGUGCUGCUCAGCCCUGCAUGGCCCCGGUGGGCAGGGGGUGCUGGAUGAGGACAGCAGAGCACGAGACAAGGAGUCACAGGCACUUCUCAAGGGCUCGUUUGCUGGCAGGAGGUCUGGUCAGUAUUAUUUGCUAAAAAAACUAAUAAUAGUCCAUAGUGGUGCUUCUCAGACACCCAGGCUCAGUCAUGGAAUUACUUCCUUGUGUGCAGUCUGAGUGGGAGUGAAGUGGGAGCUGGGUGCAGGUUGCAAGGUCCAGGACCGAAGUCCAAGAAGAAAGAAGGGUGAAGCCUUUCUGGGAGAGGACUGUGAAGCUGCUGAUUGUGACAGUUUCUGAACUGACCACGUGCACGGGAAAGCUUCACAGGGCACUGGAGGUGUUGGCCAGCCCCAGGGCUGUGCUCUUCAGGGCCACUCAGCAAACACUGCCUGCUGCAAGGGAGCAGCAAGGGAGGCCUUGGGAGCUUUGCUGAAGAGAAGAACUUGCCUCAGAAAUUUGAUUCAGCAAAUUCUGGGCUUGUGGGCAGAGGUAAAGGCUUUCCUGGAACCAACCACUAAAUGUGUGGGCAGGUGCUGUUGGUGCCGAGGGCGAGGGCAGCGCUGGUGGGCAGCUGCAGGAAGCCGCUGUUCGUUGUCCCCACCUCGGCCCAGCCCCGUUUGCAGCUUCCCGGCUGCCAGCAGCACCACAGGGCUUUUCCAGCUUCCCCUGGCAGCCUGAGGCCGGCUGGGGCAGAGCAGGGAUGGAGAGGGGCUGUGGUACAAGCGCCUGCAGUGCAGGUGUGGCCUCAGCCUAGCCUGAAGAACUGCCUCUGCCUGGCCAGCGAGGACUAACGCUUCUCCAGCAAGGUGAGGACCCCACACCACACAGGCACAGCCGUGUGCUGCUACAGUGAGAACCUGCGUUCCCUGCAGCUCUCAAAAGUGGGAACCUAAUUUUAUAAACGAACACUCCAAAGUAUCUGAUACUGAACAAAAUCUUGUAUUUUUCUUCUGUGAAGAGCUGUAUCUCUUUGUUCUGGGGAGGGGGCGGGACCAGGUUCUUACGUUUUUAAAUAAAGCCACAUGAAAUAAAAGCACAAGGGCACAGCUUGUGCUUUAUUUGCUACCACUCAGCUGCGCACCUGCCUUAGAACCAGGGGCCCCUUGCAGCCUCACCUCAGCCUCUGCAGUGGGAGCAGCAGGAGGAAGCGGGGCCGAGAGGCAGGACUGGCCCCGGGCUCUCCACUCUCAAUGGACCCCGGUUCAUCUGCCAGUUUCUCCACGUUUUAUAGAAAUGUUCUUAGCAGGCAUCAGUC